AUGAGCAACAGCACAAAGCUCCAUGUGCUAUUGGGCAACAUUGGCUGCAUGCUUCUGAAACAGCAGAGGCCCCAAGAAGCCCUGAAGGCAUUCAAGGCUGCUUUAGACAACACGCCUCUUACCACUAAAGACCAGCUGGCACCUGAGGAUGUGCACUCAAGAACGUCGGCUUUUAAUCUCUUUCUUUGCUAUCUGGCAAUCGGCAACACCGCGCGAAUGCACGAGGCCUUCCUUACGAUGUUUAUGCGCCUACAACAGGCCAGCGCCCCUGUGCCAUAUCUGGAAGAAGAGGGAUGGAGACCGGAGCAAGCUGUUGGGGAGUUCGACGGCGAGUCCUCUACCAUCCCCGGUUCUACUGCUGCUGCUUCGGCUGCUGCUGCUUCUACAGGAGCACCCGACGAAGCAGAAGCAGCAGCAGCCGAAGAAGAACCAGCCGAAGCCGCAGAGGGCAGCGAAGCAGCCGCGAUGGUUCAGGCUGACGAGGCAGUAUUAAAAGCUGCGCGAUGCCUAGUGCUCUCUGGAGAGAUGCAGCCCCAAGCUGCAUACGAAGCCGUAAUAGCUUCCCUGCUGCAGCAUGGGUUUGAAGACCUGGCUGGGGAGUUACAACUGGAGUUGGCGAUGCAGCGACUGCGGGAAGGGCAGGCAGAGGCAGCAGUAGCUGCUUACAAGGGCUUUAAGCCCCAUAGACUGCGCUUGCUGCUGGGGUCUUCAAUUAAUUUAUGUUUUGUGUUCCUUCUUGAAGGAGAUCUAGAGCAGGCCAACAAAUAUGCUGAUCUCGCACUUAAGGCAGACAGGAGAAAUCCUAAGGCCCUCGUGAACAAAGGCUGCACUCUGUCGCUCCAAGGAGACGAGGAGAAGGCUGUGGAACUAUUCAAGGAGGCGGCAGCCAUCGACCCACACUGUCAAGAAGCCCUGUAUAACCUCAUUGUCACUUGGCGCAAACUCCGCCGUGUCUGGAGUGGUUGGGGGGCCGGAAGCGAUACAGUCUGUCUGCCUCCGUGGCAAGGGCAACUGUCUUCGGCUCUGGAAGCACUAGCCCUAUUGGCUUCUCCUUCUAUUCGGCCGCUUGAUGCCGCUGUGUGGAGCCAAAUGGGUUCUCUCUGUGCUCGUUUAGACCGGCCACAGGAGGCCUUUAGUCAUUAUCGCGAGGCAUUUGGGCUGCGGCCUUGGGACCUGGAUGCGGCGACCUGGUUGGGGAUAGAACUGGUGAAGGCCCAGAACUUUAAGGAAGCAUCUACUUAUUUUACCUUAGCUGCCAAAUUACAGCCCACAGAAAACAAAUGGCGACAGCUCGCUGCUCUCUGUCUCCGCAAAUCGGGUCAAUUUGGCCCUGCCCUCCUUCUGUAUGAGGCCCUGCACAAAGAGUUGCCUGAUGACGCCAACAUAGCCAAGCAUCUCAAACGCACACGGGCUGCAUUGGGUCUCCAGCACUCCUAG